UUGUUGCUCCCCCGCCUGCAGUGAAUGGCUGCGGGUAGCCGGGAGACGGGGCAGUUCCAUCUGCCCCCCGGGCUGGUGGGAGGGCCAUGGAGGCCGCGGGGGGCACCGGCCAGCGGGGGCCGUUUACAUCCACCCCCAGAGAGCCUCCUCCUCCCCUGGAUCCCCCCAAACGGACUGAUUCAUCAACAUCCUUAAGUAGUGACAGUUCAGGAGAAGACUGGCUCAUAAAGGUUUGCUGUCCAGGAGCCAGACAUCGAUAUCGGAGACCUGUUGAAUUAAAAAAGCCCCGAAGGACUGGAUUCUCACACAGUUUGGAUAAAGAAGAUGAUUUCACAGAGACAGCAGGAGGGAUGCCUCUUGCAUCUUACCAGACCUACCCAGGAGUGCCAAGGCAGGAGAGUUCAGACUUACAGUGGCUAAUAAGACUUCGCUGUCCAAGAGCCCAGAUGGAGGAGAGGAUGCCAGGUCUAAAACAAUCUCUUCCAGAAAUAUCCACAAACCUGAGUAAUUCCCCAAGCAAGACUUUGAGAAGUAGUCAGUCUGAAUGGGCAAAUGCUUCGGAGAAUUGGCUGACGCAGAAGAAUAUUUUUACUGCACAGGAUGUAGUUAAUGAAGGCCAGGAUCUUGUUAGUGCUGCACGGUUCCUGUUGGAAAGAGAAAACUGCUUUGUGAGGGAAGUAGACAGAUAUUUGAAACACAGUGAUUUCUUAGCUCUAAGGAGGAGGGAAAUGCUGUACAAGAAAUGGUUUGAGAGUGUUUCGUGCCCAAUACUGCAGAAAAUUCAGGACAAAGUUGACAACCAAUCAAGUGAAGAAAUAGAGGAAAGGAAUCGAAAGCAGCUGUCCCUUUACUUAAACUACUAUAAUAAGCAGGGCAGCGCAUUUUUAGAGAGUUACAGUCCUUCGACUUACGAUCCUUUGUUCCUGAAGACAUGUACAGACAUUUGGAAGGCUUCAAUUCCACAUUUAUGUGAUCCCUUGUUAAAGGAGAUACAAGGAAGAUACAUUGAGGCUGGGAUUAUCCAGCAGUGUGACACAGGCAAAAUAUUCUCUUCCAAGGAAAUGAAUGAACUCCAUAAGGCUGAACUGCCACUGCUUCCUUUGAGCCGGCAACUUAUGAAUCCAAUAGAAUGGCUGAAAAUCCCAGCUGGAUACAUGGAAAGUGAAAUUCGUCAAAAGAGCAGGAAGGCACAUAUCAGAGCUAGGCAAGGUAAAGAGCAAGAGACAACACACAAGGAGAAACAUAUCCUAGCCAGAAAAGCCAGGAGCCCCGAGAGGAACCUCCUGUCCAGUUCAAAGCAGAGACUGGUCUGGGCAUAACCUCAUGCUUUCUGCCAUUUAUAAUGGGCUGCCUCUUAAAUCCAAGAGGAGGAGGCUUUCACGGAAGAUGUUUGUCCUGUCCAUCUAUCCUAAUGGAAUAGUACUGUGUUGUUCACACACCGUGUAUGUUACACUGUCCCCCGAUCUUACCAAUGUAACUACUGGCAAGGCUUUAUUUUGCAUAUCGUUGAAAAGUCAUAUGUUAGGAUAUGGGUCAGUCUGUCAUAAUUUUUUUUCUUGUGUCAGAAUAACAGCCUCGACAUAACUCAGUGUACAAGUGGUGCAGCAUUAGUGCCUGACAAUGGUGGACAGCAUUAACCAUCCUAAUUUCAUUCUGUUAAAAGGCAAAAAAUGAUCACCACUAGAAACCUGAGUUCUAUGGAUUUCAAGAACUGGGGUGACUCGUCCUGGCUUCCACGGAACAAGAGAGGCUCCUCUACCAGGAAAUCAGAUUUUUCAGUAUGUCCGGUCUCAUGGCAAACCAAAUACUAAAUGGCUCAUCCGUUUUGAAACCAGCAAUAAAAUCUGCUUCCUAAUGAG